CUGUUCUGUGGUUUACAGGCCAAUGAACCUACGGUACCAUCGGCCACCGGUACGGACGUUUGGACGAAUUACGUUGAAAAUGGACGAGCCAAUGAACCUACGGUACCAUCGGCCACCGGUACGGAUGUUUGGACGAAUUACGUUGAAAAUGGACGAGUCAGAUUCGAUCGUCUCCAUUCAGUCAACGCAGUGCUUGCGUUCGAACGGAACGCUGCUGGUGCAGCCGAGCCCAUGCAGCUGCCUUUAAUAUCGAAGAAAGAGUUAUUCGAGAAGUUGAAACAGAAGAACGAACAACGAAACCAAAUCGAACUCGAUAAACAAAAACUACCGGAGAAUCAGCAGAUUGGACACUUCGGACAAGCGUUAAGUCAUAACGGCACUAUUGUCGAAGAUGGACAUAUAAGUUGA